CAGAAUCCAUCCCAUUCCUUUGAAUUAUAGCAGACACAGAGGAAUUUGACCACAUUUGAAAAUACAAACCGAACAGAGACAAGCACAGUUUCUGUGAAACCACAUAAAGGACCUUAAAGGAACAAUAAAGGAACUCUUCGUCACAACAAGGCCUGGUUAUUUGAACCAUUUUCUUUGAAGGCCAACCCAGAGUUCCUGCCGGACUCUCCACAGCGGUUCGAACUAUCCAACCAGCACGCAACUCGUGCACUAUUUUUCAUUGGUCCUGAUAGCGGAUUACAGUUUAAAGAUGCAAAACCUUGAGCCAGAUGGUGCAGUCCCCACACCCUUAAGACAGGCAACAGUCCCCUCCUACCUGUCAGACUAUGACCCCUCCAGACCAGGGUCCCAGAAGCGGUUCCAUGCCCAAUUACCCCAGAUCACUCGAGAAGCAGCGAAGGCAUUAUUCGGUCCAGAGCCCUCUCGUGCCACAAAGCCAAUCGGCCAAGGCACUGCACCAGACCAUCAUUUGUUGAAAGAACAGUGGGAAAAGAUGCAGGAGCACCUGCGCAACACAUCCAGCCAGGUGCCAGAUCGGUCCAGCAGGUGGCAGCAGAUCAACCAAGAGAAUGCAGCUUUUAGGCACCGGAGGAGCCAAACACCUGGACUCGUUGUAACACUACAGGAGAUUAAACAAACCCAUGUCGAUCUCCACCAACAGUUAGAAAAUUUGGUGACUGACAUUAGAGACCCACUCAAACCUACCAUACGGCAGACAGCUUCACGCCCGCACCUACCGGACAACCCUGGACAAGAGAGGUAUCACUCAACACCGGCACAGAUUCAAUAUACAGGGCAACCUGUUGGCCGCAGAGAAACAUACUUCUCCCCACCCGGUCCAGGUGACAUGUUAGCAGAAGAUUUCUCCCACCUCCGAGUUUCACACUGGGUGGAAGGGGAACGCUCCUAUCCACAAUACUAUUCGGUCCCUCCUCGAGCAAGCAACUCCUUUGUAGACCAGCAUGGUCAGAGAACCCAGCCACUGCCACACGAGCCGCACUAUGGUUAUACAGGCCGAGCAGAGGGAGGGUACGCCCCAUAUCGGACUCUCUCUGAAGACCCGGCAUUCACCCAGGUGCAUAGUUGCAGAGUGUCCAAGCCAUCUAUCCCACACCUGACGAUGCCAGAUCCGAAACAAUUCUCAAGGAUGAAGUUUGCGCUGGAGAAUAUUCUUCCGAAUGAUGCCACAGAGCGAUUCAAGUUCAAGAUCCUCAAGGAUCAUCUGAGGUGCGAGGAGGCCUUGAUCGUGGCAGAUUCCUACAGAGACUCCUGGCAGCCUUACACAGACACAAUGCUGGCCCUCACUAAGAUGUAUGGGCAGCCACACAAGCUGGCGUUGCAACGCAUCAUAGAGUUGAUGGAUGGCCCAGACAUCCAUAGUGGUGACCUGAAAGCCUUUCGUCUGCUUGCUCUCCGUGUACGCUCACUAGUGGGCAUGCUGGAACAGUUGGGGAUGAGAGGCCAAGUGGAGCUGCACUGUGGUUCUAAUGUAUCCAGGUUACUUGGUAAGCUACCCCAUGACCUCAUAGCCAGCUUCAAGAGAUUUAUCCACCCCAUGAGAGUAGCAAUAUCCACACUCAAGGACUUGGCUGAGUGGCUGGAAUAUGAGCUUGAGAUGCAAGAGGAUCGUGUGAAGGGUGCCGGCUACAGGAGAGAGGAGUCCUCCAACAGGAAGAAAGAGAACAGGACCGCUCUACUGGGCACAGGAAAGGCAGGCGAGACAAGCACUCCAGCAACCCUGCUCGCUUCAGAGCCUUCAGUCAACCACCACAAGCCAGAGAUGAGGCAGGGCCCCAGUGCUGGAAAUGUGAGGACAAAAACACCCCUCAGAGGGAAAGUGAAGGACCCCAGUCCAGAGGAGCUGCUGAGGCAGCUGCAGGAGGAGAGGACCUGUAAGGUGUGCAUGGACAAGCUGGUGUCCAUCGUCUUCAUCCCCUGUGGCCACCUGGUGGUGUGCGGCGAUUGUGCCGCCAGCCUGCGUCACUGCCCCAUCUGCAGGGCCGUCAUCAGAGGCAGUGUUCGUGCUUUCAUGUCCUAAAGCUGUAGUGAGGAGCCACCGCUAUACAGGAGUUACAUGAGUGGUCUUGGGUUUUCUUCUGUACUCAGAGUGCUGGUUGCUUGUUCGGUCAAGAGUUUGCAGAUUAUUUUCUAUAAUAAACUUGUUCCUCUUAUGCA